CCUGCGUGCGUAAUUGCAUUCACAUUAAUAAUAAUGUAGAGCAGGAGUGUAAUUCAGGGUUCAUUUUCCACAGUUAACAUCCUCCAUUAAAAAAAAAAAGAUACAACGUGUUUUUAUAGCGUCGUUUAUUUUAAAAUGUUUUACACGUUUCUCAUUUGGUAGUGUGUGUAUGUUUAAUGGUUAAAAAUGAAAAGGUCGUGGGUGAUCACUUUGUGCGUUCUCGUGGAAUUCUGUUCAGCACAAACCCACAGAAUUGCUACUAAGCCCGUGGUUGCAUCUCCAAGAUUAUUUCAGUACAACCCCACGCAGAGCACCGUUUCCCUGGAAAAGCCGUUUUGUGUGUUUGACAGUUUCAGCCCGACCAGUACAAUGAAAGUAGACGUGUAUGUUGUGGUCAGUUCAGUCGCCUCUUCCUCCUUUACCCCUGGAAAGACCUACAGAGAGACGAAGGUGGGCGAGACUGAGCCUUACCAAGCAGUGUCCUUCAGCAUCCCCAACUGCUCCUCCCCUCCCAAGUUCACAGACCUGCUGAUCCUCAGCAAGGUGGACAAAACCUUGAAUGAUUACCUGGUGCGAAUUGGGAGUCACCCCACCUGUGCUGGAGAUCCUGGUGCCACGGUGCUCUGCAAUGGCCCCCUUGCCAUGGGAACGGCUUACAGGUUUAAGUUUUUGCUGGUUGAUGGGACGACAACCAAAGCAGAGACUGCUUGGUCUGAGCCAAUCGUAACCAGAAACGCCCAGCACCAAGAGGACCUGGAUGACUGGAUUGGGAAGAGGUCUGGGGCUAUGGUGGUAAUCACCAGCGUGCUGAGCUCAUUCACCUUCAUACUUAUCUGCCUGCUCAUCGCUGUGGGGGUGUAUGACCUUGUGUAUCGUGCGACCGGUUCGCAGGACGUGACCACUGGUAGGACCCAGACUUUUGAGAGCUCCCACUUGACGGUGAACCAGCAUGUCUCUGUUGGAGAUGCUGGGGACAGAUACUCCAGCAACGCCCAACCCUAGAGAGGUGACAGGUGCUCCCCUGGAGGAGUGCAUUGUAGCUGAGACAAAUUAACUGCAUCAUUUUCUUUCUUGAAGAUCAUCGGUUUUGAUUGUGUUGGGGUACAGGACUUGUCAACCUGCUGCUGAAUCAUGACUCCCAGGAAUUUUUAGCAAUUUAUCAAUAGAGAUCUAUUUGAAAUAUUUGCAGAUCCUUAAUGAACUUAAACAAGUAAUGGAUGUCACUAUAGAAGGAAGGGAAGGGAAGGGAAGGGAAGGGAAGGGGGGGGUGCAGUAAUAAGAUUUAUACAGCUAAUGAGGUUGGAAGAUUGGUUUUAGCACUCAUUUAACUGGUAAACUGAUCUUUCACCACUUUGUAUGAAUUUAAUCAGCAUUUUUGUAUUCCAUGCAUGUGUUUUUGUUCAUUCUGAUGAUCACCUAUUGUAUAAUGUAAACGUUCCCUAAUAAAACUUUGAAUAUUUAUUUUUGAUUAAAAAAAAAAUUUCUUGUA